AUGCCCACGGAUACAGAAGCAGGCAUGGUCCAUACUUCGAUGGAUUUAGAGAAGACUGACAUUGUGGACUGGGAUGGUCCUGAUGACCCUGAUAAACCUCAGAAUUGGAAGAAGUCACUGAAGCUGCAGCAUGUACUCUUUGUCAGCGCCUUCACCUUAUACUCAAAUCUUGCCGCAGUCAUGUUUGCUCCGGGCGCUGCAGAUCUCGUCAAGGACUUCCAUGUCACUAGCACUAUUGUCGCCUCUUUUACCGUGUCCAUCUACCUUCUCGGAUACGUCCUAGGCCCUCUUCUUCUUUCCUCCAUGUCGGAAAUUUACGGCCGUUUGCUCAUCUACCACUUUAGUAAUGUCGGAUAUAUCUCAUUCACAAUUGGCUGCGCGUUAAGCAGGGACACGGCUAUGUUUUUGGUAUUUCGCUUCAUUUGUGGUUGCUCAGCCUCGGCUCCAAUGGUUGUUGGAGGAGGGACCAUUGCAGACCUUUAUCCUGCGAGUGAACGUGGCAAAGCGAUGGCUCUAUUCGGCCUUGGUCCCCUUCUUGGCCCAGUCAUCGGCCCAGUGAUAGGCGGUUUUGUGACCGAGUACCUCGGAUGGCGGUGGACGUUUUGGUUAAUAUUGAUCCUGUCUGGUUGCAUCUCCCUCCUUGCCCUUAUACUAAUGCGAGAAACAUUCGAGCCCGUUCUCCUUGAGCGCAAGGCAGCUACUAUGCGCAAGGCAACCGGUAACCAUCAAUUGCAGGCUCGAACUUUUAAGGAAGACCGUACAAUGUCUCAGAUCUUUGCACGCGCCACAAUACGACCUCUCAGAAUGCUGCUGUCUCCAAUCGUCCUCCCAUUCUCCCUUUACUGCGCCUUCAUGUUCGGUCUUAUCUACCUGCUCUUCACCACUUUCCCAGAUGUAUUCGAGGUAACAUACGGCUUCGCCACCGACAUUUCUGGUCUUGCGUAUCUAGGUCUCGGAGUUGGUAUGAUAAUCAGCAUCGCGCUUUUUGCUAUUCUCAGCGAUAAACUACUCAAGCAGCCGCGUGAGGGAACUCUUGAACGACCGGAGCUACGUCUCAUUCUUAUGAUUUGGUCGUUCCCUGUCGUUCCUAUCGGUUUCUUCUGGUGCGGAUGGAGUGCGGACAAAGUUACUCAUUGGAUUGUUCCAAUCCUGGGUACCAUUUUUAUCGGGCUCGGGGCAUUCCUCAUCCUCAUGCCCGCCCAGUUGUACCUGGUUGAUGCAUUUGGAUCCGAAACAGCCGCAUCCGCCUUAGCAGCAAAUACAAUCCUGAGGAGUCUGUUCGGUGCAUUGUUACCCCUGGCAGGAACACCCAUGUAUGACUCUCUGGGUCUUGGUUGGGGAAACAGCUUGUUAGCUUUCAUUGGCCUAUCAUUCACUCCUCUUCCGUUUGUCUUUUACAAGUAUGGAGAAACACUAAGGACCAAAUUCCCCCUCAAAUUCUGA